CGGAACCGCCGUGUUGAAAUGCCCGGUGUUGAAAGCCGGAGUUCACCGCACUCCGUCCUGAAGGAAGGAGGCUGAGUGUCUGCAGCACUUGCCCCCUGCGCGUGACCGAGCAGCCUGUCUUCCCUUAUGAUAAAAGCCGCAUUUGGCUGAUGAGCAAAGUGACGAGGUCGCCGAGUGAGACUGAGGAUAUCUGGGAAACGGAGGAGGAUGACAUGACGGAAGGUGACCUAGGGUAUGGCCUCGGAGGAAGACCCGGCGGGAUUUAUGAAGUUUCGUGUUCUAUUGCAUCUAAGAAAAGGUCGGAUGGAAGGAACCUAAGCCCCCCUCCGUUUCCAAGAAAGGGGGACGAAAGAAGCGAAACCAUUUUUCAGUAUUCCGGGACUGAGGGCUUGCGGGAUACACGCGCUCAAGGAUGCAGAGCGUCCGGCUACACGCGGCAGAGCAGCUCUGAUUCUAACUCAGAAUUGUCAAAUGAACAAUUAAGGCAGCGUCUUCAUGAAACUUUAGAGCAUUCCCUCAUCAUGCUGUGCAACCAGCAACACUGGUCCUUGUGGUUUUGUGAGAAUGACUUCUGGAUUGCUGCAGGAAUUAAUCACCCUUGGCUUUUACUGCAGUUAACAUCAGUGAGAGUAAUUUUCUCAGCUGGACUCUCCCACUCCAUUCCAGGAUAUGCAUCCCAAAGGAGAAAGAAGACCUUAGGGCAGCGACUGCUGGGGAUGCUCCCUUCAGAAAACAGUUCGAAGAGGACUGAAGACCAAGACAGCCCACAAGAAGUCCUUAAGAUGCUAGUAGACUUGUUGAAUGACAAAGAAGAAGCACUGGCUCAUCAAAGAAAGGUCAGUUACAUGCUUGCUCGGACGCUGGAAGACAAAGACAUUGCCGCCAAGAAGAAUAAGGACAAAAUUCCCACGAACCAGAAAUCCCCAUUCACAGCCCCCUGGCAGGAAGUUUCAGGACGCUGUGUUUUGUGUGACCCAGCACACUCAAAUGUCCAUGUUUCUGAUCCUGUGGGUUGUAUUUGUUUAGUCCACCACCCCCAGAGAGAUUCAGACUGCUCAAGGACUCUUAAAAGAUCCCAUUCUUUGCCAUCAAAUAUAUUUUAAAAAUAAACCAGCUGGAAUCAGAAUUAGAGCUGUUAAAAAUCAAGUUUGGAGCUGGAAAUGUAUCUCAGAGGUAGGACACUUGGUCAGUGUGCAUAAGGCCUUGGUUUAGCACACGGUGGUGCACACCUUCAAUCCAAGCACUCAGGAAGCAGAAGCAGGCAAUCUAACUCUGAGUCCAACCUGGUCUAUAGAGCAAGUUCCAGGACAGCCAAGGCUCCACAGAGAAACCCUGUCUUGAAAAACCAUAAAGGCCUCAGGUUUGAUGUUCAGCAUUGCAAAGACUUUGAAAGAGAACCCAAAGUAUGGAGGAUCCUAAUUUAUAAAUAAAUCCCAGCACUUGGGAGCCUGAGGCAAAAAUACUGUGAUUUGAGGGCUGACAAGAUACAGCGAGAUACAGAUACCGCCAAAAAUCACAAAAAGAAUUACAUAAUGUUGAUAUUAAGAAGUUGUAUGCUUUCUAAAUAUUUUAAAAAUGUUAGCAUAGUAAUUUACAAAGCAGUAAGUUCAUUAUGAUAUCUUAAUACAUGUAUUAAAAAUGUAUGUGUUUAACCACAUCCCUCCCUUUUAGUUUUAGGAUGCAGCUCAAGUACUCAAACCUUUAACACGUGUUCUAUAAGAAAUGUAUUAGUACUGUACUCUAUGUACUAUGUUGACAUUUUAUUUAUAAAGUGCUUUUUCAUAUUUUGACAGUAUCAAUGACAAGUAUUCUUGGGAAAAAUUCAGUUAUUUGUAGAGCUGGGGAGAUAGCUCAGUCGGUGCAGUGUUCCCUUGCUAGCAUGAGGCUGAGUCCGAUCCUCAGCAGCCACAGGAAAAGCCAGGUGCGAUGGAGCACACCUGACCGCUGGAGAUGCAGAGGUUUCCAGGCUAGCCAGCUCCUCCUAAUAGGAAAGCCCCAGACUCCAGCAAGAGACCUGCCUCAAAAAAAAGGUGGACAAAACCCAAGGCUGACUUCUGGUGAGCACAUGCAUACAUACAUGUGUACACACACACACACACACACACACACACAAUUACCGACUGAUGAAGUAAUUUUUCUGUUGGGUGUAGUGGUACAUCUCUGUAAACCCAACACUCAAGAGGCUUCAAGCUUGCAAGUAUUAGGAAAGCCUGGAUGCAACCUAGCAAUAAAAGUUGUCUCAAAAACCAAAGCUAGAGCUGGUGGCAUGGUUCAGUGGGUAAACACGACUUGCGUUAGGAGAGACCCAACUCCCAGGAGCUGUCCUCUGACCGCCACACUUCCCUGCGGUUUAUACUUGUCCCUACAUAAGUGAAACUGGGCAGGGUGGUGCGCACCUCAUCCCAGCACUCAGA